CUGCGUAAUUCAACAAUACGCCAUCCUUUUCGUCCCUUGCUACCCCUUCCUUGCCCUCAAACCUCCCCUCCUUUGUGACCUCCUCCCAUGGCGCUCGUCAGCCGCAUUUUGAGGUCCAGGCCGAGCUCAGUUUCUAGUUAUCACUACAUUUCUCGAACUUUCGCUUCUGCCGUAAGUUCGGAAACUGACAUCAAGGCGGCUUCGCUGCUCGGGCUGAAUAAGCCUCUGCCGCUACGGCAAGAACCUAGGGGCGGGAGUCUUCAGUGGAUUUUCCUUGGCUGUCCCGGCGUUGGCAAAGGAACCUACGCCUCUCGGCUCUCCAAUCUUCUAGACGUUCCUCAUAUUGCUACUGGAGAUCUCGUCCGCGAGGAGCUUUCUUCCUCAGGGCCCCUCGCCUCUCAGCUUGCAGAGAUUGUUAACCAAGGGAAAUUGGUAUCUGAUGAAAUUAUAAUAAAUUUACUGUCAAAGCGUCUUGAAGCUGGUGAAGCAAAGGGUGAAUCAGGAUUUAUCCUCGAUGGUUUUCCUCGGACCAUAAGACAAGCUGAAAUAUUAGAGGGGGUUACAAAUAUUGACUUAGUGAUUAAUUUAAAGAUUCGGGAAGAAGCGUUGCUUGCAAAAUGCCUUGGAAGACGGAUUUGUAGUGAGUGCGGAGGAAACUAUAAUGUUGCGUGUAUUGACAUCAAGGGUGGGAAUGGGAGCCCUGGUAUAUAUAUGGCGCCACUUCUCCCCCCUCCACAUUGUGCAUCAAAGCUUAUCACUCGAUCUGAUGAUACAGAAGAAGUUGUCAAGGAGCGACUCCGUAUAUACAAUGAGAUGAGUCAACCAGUGGAGGAGUUUUACAGCAUUCGUGGAAAGUUGCUAGAGUUUGAGAUUCCUGGAGGAAUUCCAGAAUCAUGGCCGAAGCUACUUCAGGCUCUGAAUCUUGAUGACCAUGAGGACAAACAGUCUGCAGCAGCAUGAGGUCUUAAUAUAUCAUAGAACAUUCAUGUGGUAGGUCAUUCUUUUGAGCACGCGAGAUGUGCGUGCAUAUUAUAUUACAUUGAAAAGAAAGACAUAAAUGUGCAAUAAGCACACACCUAAGCUACGUACGAAUAAGCUUUUCUCUCACCGUUCGGGGGUUUUAAAGGGUUUGGCAUUGGUUGGGGAGCAAGGUCUAAUGUUUUCGGUAAUGUUACUUGGUGCUUUCGCAGUUUGGCCAGUUUUGACAUUCAUAUGAUGAGGAUAAUGAACUUUUACCAUUUGGUUUUUGUUUUAUGUUUUGCUUAUGAACUUGUAUCACAGGAGGGUGUUUUAACUUGGAGACAUUCAGAUUGGAAAUGCAAGCAAGUUUAUUUUCAUUUA